AUGUCGAGCUCCAUGGGGCCUCGGCCGCUCACGUCGGCCUACGAAAGCCCAACGUUUGACGAGGACAGCUCUUUUCAUGUGGAACAACCGGUCGGGUCUAUGUCCAUCUCCCCGUGUGGACGGGACGUGGUGCUGGCGUCAAAAGAGGGUCUCCAUGUCAUCGAUUUGGAUUCCCCAUAUUCUCCACCCCGGUACCUGCCUCACCAUACGCCAUGGGAGGUGGCAGAUGUUCAGUGGUCGCCAUUCGCGGCGCGCGACUACUGGGUUGUGAGCACAUCCAACCAGAAAGCGCUCGUAUGGAAUCUGGCAAUGAAGACAUGGCAGAACUCUAUCGAGUAUGUGCUGCAUGCCCACUCGCGCGCAAUUACCGAUAUCAAUUUUAACGCAUUUCAUCCCGAUAUCCUUGCCACCUGUGCCGUGGACAGUUUCGUGCACUGCUGGGAUUUGCGCACUCCGUCACGGCCUGUGAUUUCAUUCUCGGACUGGUUCACCGGUGCGACCCAGGUCAAGUGGAAUCGACAGGAUCCUCACGUUGUCGCUAGUUCUCAUGAUCGGUUUUUGCGGAUCUGGGAUGAUCGCAUGGGCGCAUACCCAAUUCGGUCCAUUGAAGCCCACGACACGAAGAUCUAUGGUGUCGAUUGGAACCGCGUCCGACGAGGCGCCGUGGCUACCUGCUCACUCGAUAAAACAAUUAAAUUCUGGGACUAUACUUCUGAUACGGAAGUUCCUGAGAAACUGAUACGAACACCCUUUCCCGUGUGGCGAGCCAGAAAUACACCCUUCGGAUGGGGAGUGCUGGCCAUGCCGCAGAGAGGGAACAGCGAUCUACACCUUUAUAGCCGAAGAGCAGGCGACGGCUCAAAUCCCGAUGAGGACCUGCCAUUGGUUCACAGUUUCCCCGGCCAUAAAGGCCAGGUGAAAGAGUUCCUUUGGAGAGCACGUGGAGGGGUGGAGGAUGGAGUAGAUCACCGAGAGUUCCAACUGGUGACAUGGGGAACUGACAGAGAACUUCGUUUGCAUCGUGUGGAUCCACAAAUUCUGGAAAGCGUUGGAUACGAGAGGGGAAAGUCUUACAUCUCUACUCGAACCGUGACUCGCCUGGGUGCGACCUAUCGGAGCUUUAGAGAUGUGAACUCCGAAUUGGACCUGGAGGAUCUUGAUUCUGCUUCUUCAAUGAACCGACAUAACCCGAGCACUAAUUACCCCGGAGGGCCAGGGAUGAAUGCUAUUUCGGUUCCUCAUGCCCGCGCCUGGACAAAGAGCGGUCAUCACGAUCAUGGCGUGGGUAUGCAGCCGCGGUCAAACCUGAGAGCCGAUACGAAUCCAAUUUCCUGGAUGAGAGGUGUGAAGAUCUCGGGCUGGGAUAUCGAGACUCUGGGAGAUGAGAUCAGUCACGUUGGUGACAAGUUUACCAAGGUUGCUUUUGAUUCAGUGGACGUGCGGCAGCGGAAAAUUUCGAUAUCUCUGAACGGGCCAUGGGGCGCAGAAGGUGCCUCGUUGUUCCUGAAAGUGGAUAUCAAGUUUCCCGUCAGCUAUCCCAAGUCCGCCAUUCCGACAUUCGCAUUCCAGAAAACAGCGGCCGUUACUGAUGAACUGGCGGCGAGAGUCACGGCCGAACUUCGAACGAUUGCUGAAACCUACAUGUCCCGGAAACGAGGCUGUUUAGAAGGCGCCGUGCGCUAUCUCCUGGGCGAGAGUACUCUGGAAGAGAGCAUCGCAUGGAUUCUGGGCGAAACCGGCGACCACGUCAAGUCACCGGGCAACGGUGAUCUCGAAGGCGAGUCAAGUGACGAGGAUGAAGUUGGUAUGACCCAGAGUCAAGAACUGGGAAUGAGCUCUGAGCUUCUCCGACCGGUGAAUGCCAAUGUUAUGGUGCCUGUAGCCAAAGGAUGCGGUGCCCUGUGGGCAAACGACGGCCGUCUGGUGUGCUUUUUCCCGCCGAAGAAGGACAAGUCUACGGCGCUCUUCGACAACAUCGGAUUCAAAGAGAUGAGUAGAUUGUCGAGAAAUGACAAGGUCUUUGAAGGCUUCGGGCGUCUGCAGACCAACUCCCCAGGUCCGCGCAUGAACGGUACAAUCACGAGCACAGAUGACGGUGCCUCUGAUUACUCCGAUGACUCGUACUCCGAGACUUCCAGUUCUUCAGGGUCAUCCGCCGAUAUUCUCUCCGGGCUGCCGGCUCGUUUCCAGCCACCGCAAACGUGGCGUAGUGCUGGCAGUAUCGGAAUCUAUCGUCCCCGGUCUACGGAUCAUUCUCAGCGAUCGACUGGCGGGGUUGCCAUCGCUAGACCAGCCGAUGUCGCUCGAAAUGUGGUUUCUAUUCACGACUUGAGUGACAUACUACCGGUAAAGCGUGAUCUCGCCAGCAAAUAUCGCAUAUGUGGGAAAGGAACUGAUGUUUGUGCUCAUAAUGCUGCUGUCGCUCUCGAUGCAGGGUGCUACGAGCUGGCUCAAAUAUGGGGCCUGAUUAAGCUCAUUCUACAUGUUCGAAGGAAGCCUGGCUCUUCUCUUCAACCAGGGAUGGGGCUGAAGCAAUUGUCGAAAGAUGAUGGCACCAAUUCGAGGCAAGUUCUUGGGGUCGGUCUCUACAGGGACGUAGCUGGCAGUAUUCUCCGAUGGGGAGAUCAUCCCCUCGGCAGCCACUGGCUUGUGCCUGCCCUCUUUGAGCACUUCGAGCGUAUUGGCGACGUUCAGAUGAUUGCGAUGCUCUCGUGCGUUCUCUUGGAAGCGAACCAUGAGGGCCAGCCAGAGCAGCUGCGAGAUAGUCGAUCCGAACAACGAGCUUUCUCCGUGGAAGAUUCGUCGAUUGCUUCGACAGUUCAGAACAAGUCGCAAUCACAGUCGCAAUCACAGUCGCAAUCACACCUUACAACGCCAUCUUCGUCUAUUCCAAGAGAUCCUCAACUUAUGCCUCAUACCUCAGCGCGCUCGUCGAGCGAAAUCUGGCGCGGUGACUCUACACCUCCGUAUUCAACCGGAACAACACCACCGAUAACAACUCGCCCGCGAGGUAUUGCUGCCGAUCGAAAAGCCAGAAGCCACAACGUUUCUAUAGCGGCGUCCCCCGAUCAGUCCCAACCGCGUAGCGGCGGAUCUGGAUUUGGGUCGGUGCUAGCAUCCUCAUUGUCUCGUUCAUUUACCUUUGGCCCUUCAUCUGCAUCGCCACCAGCAAGUGCCUUGGCCAGGAAGAAAAGUAGCCCGGGUGAGAGCUCAAGUGUAGCAACAACGCAACGGGUAUGGACUGCAAAUCCUUCUUCCUCUGCGGUGCAACUCGAUUCUUCGAUUGCUAACAACAAGAUCCAGGCUAUUUCGGAUACCGAGAGUGAUCAACCCGCUAAGUCUAAAAAGUCCAGUUCGAGAUUCAAGGUCACCUUUAAGAACAAGAGCGCAUUUGAUGGCGAUGAAACGGCGCCGGACUCACUCCUCGACCGAAGUAAAGAAUGGCUAUGGCGGUCAUAUCGUGGCGCGUAUGCCGACCUCUUAUCUAUCUGGGAGCUUCCAAUACAGCAGAGCGAAGUCCUCAAGAUUGGUGCUGUGGCCGACGAUGCGGAAAGUAUGCAUACGAGUCAGUACUGGAGCAGUCACAGUCACAGCUCCAAGAUGACCGCACUCCCAGAGCCGACACCCGGCGAAGCUGUGACCGGGCUUGAAGGCCUCGAUUUCCAGCGUCACUGUGCCAAUUGUGGCCAUGCCUUUCAGCUGUCUAUCUUUGCCUCAACCCCCGUGGCAACCGAAUCUCCAUCUAAACACCAUAACCGGACCCCUUCGUUCCGCCGUUGUCCAAAUUGCAAACCCCGACAACCACUACCUACUAAACUUCCUUGUGUCAUUUGUGGUGAAGUAGUAAACGGAAUGCUGGUGCCCUGUCUCAGCUGCGGCCAUGUAUGCUGCUUUGACUGUCACCGACGCUGGUUCCUCCGACUGGGCGAUCAGUUCGACACGCCAUUUGAUGUGGCCGAUGUAGCCGACGCCCUUCCAAGCUGCCCCAGCGGGUGCGGAUGCAGCUGCUCCGAGUACGUUACCGCGGAUGUACCCAUGCCGGCAUGGGAACCUCCAUCUCCGAAUAUUAAGCAUCAGAGCCCCGGCGCCCCUCACCGGACUCACUCGCACGAAAAACGCCACCGUCGGCGCCAAUCCGAACCUAUCCCCCCGGAGUCGAGCAGAGGCAGUCAGAGUGGAACAGGAGGCUCGACGACUCCCAAAACCGGAGUGGGCCAGAAUGAAGACGACCUGGAAUUGUGGCAGGUCUCAUCGCCCUUUGCAUCUCUUGCGCGGGGUAUGGGCGGCGGCCUUAGUCAAGGUCUGCGCACGAAAGAAGAGCGCAGGAAGAAUAGUCGCUCCGUGGCGCUCGCCGUGCCCAAGCGCAAAUGA